AUGACCGAUCCAAGCAAGCUUCGCGACGACGACAAGAUGAGAGUGCUACGACAUCUUUUCCAUGAAGUGGGGGAGAUCUGCUUCAAGGCCUACAAGCUUCGUGGUACCGCACCUCGACAGCCAGUUGACUUGGAUGUCAGAUGGUGGGCAGUCAGUCCCGAGAUGGCUGCGUUUGAGAAGGCAAAAGAGAAGGCCUUAAACGCGAGACCGAUUUACCGAGCUGGAGGACAGGCGGGCGGAGAACUGGACGUAGAAAGCGGAGGCGCUGCGGAGGCGCGCGGACGUGCUCCGGAUCCCGCAACCUCCGCCUCCGCCGGAGGCCCGGCGGGGACCGGCAGCGGAGCAGGCAACCAGGUACCUCCCAGGGAGGCGCACGCGAGUCGUCACCGACCCGACAGGGUGCUCAGUCUCUACGGGAGCUCCAGAAAACAACGAGUACACAACGAGGCCAGCUGGCAAGAGGACAAGCUAAUCGAUCCCCCACCUUUUCUUACAAUUGCCGAUCCCGACGAUUACCUCGUGAAACGAAGUUCCGCUCCAGCUCCUGAUGACGGGUGGCCUGUACCCGCCUCUGUGCCUGGGAAUGGAGAAGCCAGAGCACAGUGGGCCUACGAUAUUCUGGAUAUGGUCAGCGACAACGCACUGACUCCUGGGUUCAUCCUGAAAAGGUGCAUCACACUCCUGGCAGAACUACCGCUUGUUCGAAAUCAUGGCUACCCGUUGACACCAUUCCGAAAACACAAGGUGAAGCCUACGUUACCGAAGAUGGUGGACUGGAAGUCCACCAUCUUUCGCGGACCUACGACCUCCGUCGAGCUCGCGGACCUCCAGACGUACCUCCGCGCAUCUCCGUGGACAUUCGAACAUCAAGGCUCCCAACUAUAUUGCGGCAACGAGAUGGCUUGGUGUUUCAUCCUGGCAUUCUUAAUGUAUCUCCGUUAUACAAGUUCCUCUACAGGACCCUUCGACAUGGACUACGGAGAGCUGAAGGGAAUUGGGGAGAGGUUCAAACGGUAUCUUGAGAAGGCGACGUCGGACAACGCCUAUCCCGGUAUUUCGCCAAGCCGAAAAUACGAGAUCGCCAGCUCAAGGCUCGCCUAUCUAUGCACGGUCUUUGACAUGCAUUACGAGCUCGUGCAGCUGCUAGGUCUGGUGCAGCACAUGCCUGACCACACUGAAGGCUCUGCUGCAGUCACUCUCGCUCAGAUGCCUGACUUUCCGUCUUGGCAAUCACCCCGACUAGGAUUACCAUUGGCUUCCCACCAGGCACCAGAUAUAGUUCACGACAUCAAGACUUGGCUAAGCUCGCCAAAUCUCUUUGUCACCCCAGCCACAGGCCUUCCUAUCUCCCGCGAGAUAGCCCUGAAGCAUCUAUUGCUUAUGGCUUGCCUUUUAGCAGACCUUCAAAGUAUCGCGAACGAAGACUGGGAUCAGCUGGGCCACUUGGAACGAUCGGAGCUCCGGGGUUCUGAGGGGGAAUUGUUGAGCUUACUAUUUGCACAAGCAGACAGUAACGUGGACGUAUUACAGAAGCUCGGGCUGGAAAAGGAGGUUGACCUGGGGGAUCUGGACUGGGAGGAAGACGGAGGCGGAGGCGGAGGCGGAAGCGGAGGCGGGGGCGGAGGCGGGGCGGAAGGUUGUUCACCGGCGGAGGCCCGCGACGUCCGGCAUCGCGGAGCCGCCGCGGAGGACCCACGCGGCACCCGGCCUGUAUCGAAUCCCUCAGUCAGGCGCCAUCGAAAGCAUGCGGAAAGCUCGAGACCAGCACCCGAGCUGCUAGAGGCCGCACGAAGGACGAACAGGGACGGAAAUCGAUUGCAAGAGUUCUUACACCAUGCCACGACAAGGCCUAAUACACAGGGAGAAGUGAAUCAACAGCUCGCUUUCGAACUGCAUGCCCGGGAGAGGGAAAGAAUGGCCCACAACCGAGAGGUUCGCGAGCAGAGUCAGGCUGAGAAGCGUCAGCAUCCUACACCUCGUACGACGGCAGCAACCUCCUCGACCACCAACCAACAGGUCCCCGAGCUUCCUCCACCUGUCGACUUUACUCUUCUCGAUGACGCCACUAUAACGCCGGCUCCGCAGUCCUCUAGCCGCAAGAGGAAACAGCCUACCUAUCAUCAGCCAAUCCAGCAAAGCAGCCGUGCCAGCACGGCUGCCCGGACUGGCAAGUCCACCCAUCCCGUGUCAGGAGUAAAGUCGAUCGACAAGGCAAAACCCAAGAGGAAAAAGAAGGCUCCGUCAAUUGGUCGGCCUAAGAAGAGACCUCGGCCGUCAGCACGUAAACGGGCAGAAGAGCCAGACGAGCAAGACACUGGCCGAGGAUCGGACAACCUCGAUCUUCUUGAUUCAACGGACUUUGAUGGCGGGCCCUCCGACACUGAGAACUCCGAGCCGGAGAGAGACGAACAGCAUACAGAGAGCGAUGAGAACGCCAAUACCGACACCUCUGAGCAUUAUGCCCCUCGGCCGACGAAGAGACGACGGCUCAAUAGCAACACCUCCGCAGCUCCUAGUUCUACUGGAAAGCCACCUUCAAAAGUGGUUGAAGUACUUCUUACUCCACGGAAACGAGUGUCAGCAUCGCCCGCACCAGCAAAGUCGGUUAAGCCAAGGCCCAGGCCAAAAAUGGUUCGUAAGCCCAAGCCGGUUUUGAAGCCAUCAAGUGCAACAGGAAGUACUCGGAGAUCGCAAACACCAGGGAAGACCGUACAUUUCGAUACCCCUGUAUCUACACCUAGGAGGAGCUCACGGUUGAGUGGGGAGGCAUGA